UCAGUCAUAUAGUACGUACAAUACGUUGGGUAUACCAUCUUAAAAACAAAUUUCUUCAUAUACCGUGCGGUUAUUUCCUUACACCCGUUUCUCAUUACUUAAAUCUCAGUUCCAAGUUCAUACUCUAAAUAAACUUUUCUCAAGUUUUCAUCAUGUCCGCAGGUUUAGACAUGUCUCUUGAUGAAAUUAUUGCGAAAAAAAGGCCAUCAAGAGGAGCUAGGACCGGAGGUCCUACCCGUACAGGUGGCAUCGCUAAGCGUUCUGGCGGUCCUGUCAGAAAUCCUCGAUCUUCACAAGUUAGACCUCGACCUUACAGUAAUACUGCUGCUACGGCAUCAUCAAAUCUCAACGCAUCACCAGAAGGAAAAAUUCUUGUUUCAAACCUCGCCUAUAAAGUCACAGAGGCAGAUCUUUGGGAACUUUUCUCAACGAUGAUCGGUCCUGUACGCCAAGUUAACCUUAACUUUGAUCAAAGUGGUCGCUCAAAAGGUACUGCAUCCGUUGUUUUUGCAAGGAAAAAUGACGCCGUACGGUCCGUUGAAAAACUUAGGAAUAUUACUCUUGAUGGCCGUGAAAUGAAGAUUGAAAUUGUUGUUGCUCCUAACGUUGGUCCGAUUACUCAGCGUAUUGGUGGAAUCAAUGAAUCUCGCCCAUCCACACGUGGUACCGGAGGAUCUCGUGGCACCCCCACAAGAGGGGGUCGAGGGGGUCGAGGAGGUCGUAGAUCUGAUAAUAGGCCCAAAAAAACACAAGAAGAAUUGGAUGCUGAGAUGAGCGAGUAUAUGCAGAUUGAUGAGGUGAUAAAUUGAUGCUGUUAUUUUAAAUUUUUAAUAAUUUUUAUUUGUAAUAUUUUGUCAUCUCGUGAAUUGUUAUUGUUUAUGUAAUAUAUAGGAUUCAAAUCAAGCUGGUGAUUCUUCUACUGCUCAAUUGACACAAGCUUAAUCCUUAUUUCAAAAUUCUUACGAUCCAUUUCACAAUUUUUGAAACUAUUUGCAUUUACUAUUUGAAGAACGAAUUGCAGUAUGGAUAUUGUAUUUGGAUCGUAAACAUUCAAAAUUAUUAUUAUUGUUGGGCUGUAUUUUAAAAUAUUUUUAAAUUUCUUUAUCACUCAAAAUAUCUGAUAUCUUUAUAAUAAUAGAUAUAUAUUUUUAACAAUACUAUGUUUAAUUUUGUGGGGAAGUGAGAUUGUUUUAUAAUUUUAUUAUGGAUUUAUAUAAAUAUUUGCUGAGAUAUAAAAGUAUUAAUCAUCGAUCCAAUAGAAAGCAUUUAACGCUUACACUAUUUUAUUCUUUAAUUUACCUGU